ACUCAAACAGUGGCGCGCGGUAUGUUUUCCACAAUAAACUAUCGACGGUGGUCUUUUCUUUAAAUGUGGCAUUCAUUUUGGCGUUGAACAUAAAUAUUAUGGCGAUGUUAAGAGAUAAAACAGUCGUUGGGACGCUCGUGUGACCCCGCGUUUCUUAGCAGGAGACACAGAGCUGCAUUAAUGUCUGUCUCGUUCGGACAGUUAAUGUCCUGACCUCCUCUGGUGGCUGCUGUCAUCAUGUCCCAAACUAACAGUACUCUCCUGGACGAGGUGGGGCAGUGGAGUCAGGAAACCUGUCGCCAGGAGCUCAAGACGGUCCUUCCUAAGCUCACCUCUUUGCAUCAUAAGUCUGAGAGUUGGGAUGACCACAUACGUAUUCUAAGGAUAAUUACAGACAUGUUCCUCCCUCACAUUGGUCUAUCAGAGCUGGAAGAUGAGUGCUUCUCCAAGAUCUUACCAAAGGCAGCUGUGAUGUUUGACAGUAUGAUGAAAGAAAUCAUGGACCAGGUUGGAGGGCUGUCAAGUCAAAACACUGAAUUGUGUGCCUUACUAAGGAACAUUCUGCAGGCUAUGAUGCAGAUAAUUGAUGCUCUAUCCUCUUGUGUGCGUCAUAUUGGCACAUUUGAAGAAGCCCCUGACCUUGAAGCAAUCCGCUCAUUACCAAUUUGUAUCCUGAAAGUCCUGAGGGAAACUUUUCAGCACUGCAAGGAGAGUGAGGUGGUUUACUGUGGCCGCUUGUCAUUGGUGGCUGACUUGCUUCAGGGACUUUUUAAAGAGGCCUACUCCCUCCAGAAAGGUCUGUUGGAGCUUCUGGACAAGAUUUCAUUGGACAGCAGCGCCUCUGAAGAGGAGAUCUCUGAUAUUGUUACAGUGAUCCACAGCCUGCUGGAUAUCUGCUCCAUCAUCUCCAACCUGGACAUAGCCCUGCAUGCAAACACUUGGAAAUUCCUUAUCAAACAGAGUCUGAAGUACCAGUCACUGGUUGAGGAACAUCUUCAUCACAGUGACAUCAGCAACAGCCUGUGUGACAACCUGUUGGCAUCCUUCAAUACCUGUGUGGAGCUGGCUGAACAGAUUAAAAAUGCUGGUCUGCAGGAGGCGACACAAAGUCCAGAGUACAAGCUGUUCCAGAAAACUGCAAAGAUGUGUAGAUUUUUUGCCAACACGUUGGUUCACUAUCUAAGGGAAUUUAAAUUUUUCCUGACUAAGGUUUGCAGCUGUUUUCACCAACUCUACCUCCAGAUGAUCAGUAAGUUUCCUCCCAGCUUGUGUGCUCCAGCUCUGCCUUCUGCUCUUGCAGAGGAGCUGAAUGCAGCUGCAUUGAUACCUAUGGAUGCUCUGCUGCUUCAGCUGCUGCCAUUGAGGCCCUUUGCAGAAGUCGUUCUCCUGAAGGACCUGCGGUUAAAUCCUGAGCAUGAGCUUCCUCAGUGUCUCCUGCUGAUUAAUGUCCUGAGUCAGCUCACCACACAACCAGAGGACGUGCUGAAGCUUUGGUACGCAGGCAGUCAGUUCUCAGAAGAAACACCAAGGCUUCCUCUCUAUCAGGCCUUGUUCACUAGUUUCAGACAAUGCUAUGUUGAGCGUCAGGUUCCAGUGAUGCUGCCGGGGGUGAUGAUGAAGGGUCAGGCCCAGGCCAAGGUCACUCUGCAUCAACAUAUCUGUGUGCAGCUCUGUGCCAAUGUGGCUGCUCUUCCUCCAGUUUACUUCCCUGUGCUGGAGCGUUGUUUGAUUGAGGCAUUGCUGCAGGCUGAUACUCAGACAGCUCUUCUAGCAACAGAUGUGUGGUGCUUCACAGCACGGUAUGGGACAGCAGAACUUUGUCUCCGUCAUGUCCUCCUCAUUGCUCAGCUGGUGAAAGAUUGCAGCACUGAGUGUUACCAGUCGUUCCACCUGGGCCUGCUGCUUAAACGGAUGGUUUUCCUGAUGACGCCUAAUCACCAGAUGGAGUUGGUUGUGCGUUUCCCACCAUCAGAGCAGGAAAACCUCCCAGUUUGGCGACAUGUCCUCCUCAGAGCUCUGUCUCAUGAUGCUCGUCACCGUGUAGAGAUGGACAUCAUUGUCCUAGCUCAGAAAGCUCUGACCGACUGGCAGAAUGGAGGGUACAAACUCGGGCAAGUGGACAAAGUAAAUGUGGCGCUGUUACCCCUCCUAGCGGUGGUUCGAGGGCAGCCAUCUCCUGAGGAGCAGAGUGUGUUGUCUACAGUGAGGAUCAUCACACAGCUGUGGUUACGAAUGAGUCCAGAACAGGUGAAAAUCCACCCUGUGCUCCAGUGCACUCUGCAGCUGCUUCUAUCAAUAUCUGCCAUGUUAGUGAAAAACAUUGAACAUCAAGUCAUUCCUCAGGCUCUGUUGUGUGUGGAGGCUGUGGUGUCUCAGAAGUGUGAAGAUCAGCUGCUGCUGGCUGCUCUUGAGUUUCUCUCCUCCCUAGGGAAGAUCUUUUUCCCUCCUGACAGCCAGACUCAAAUCCUUCCAAGGCUGAGUGGGCUGUUUGGAGUCUUGUUGUCUGACAAAACCUGGCUGCUACAUCAGCACGCUCUGGAGGCCUUUUCUCAAUUUGCAGAGAUCACAAACCACGAAGAGGUUAUUUCCCAGAGUCUGUGUGAAGAAACAACAAAGACCAAAGUGGUGAACUUUCUAAGCAAGACUGUGAAUGCACAGGAAGAUGUGGAGUCUCGGCUGCAGAGACUCAGGCUGCAGACUUCUGUUAUUGAGCAACACAAUGAGAGGCUGGAGAAUAAAAAAGAAAAGGCUUUGAACAAACUGGCUGAUAAAGCUGUUGCAGAUCCAGAGCCAUGCCCAAAGAGAGCUCGGCAGGAGACCAGCUCAGAAGAAUACAGCCGUUACAUCCAGACAGCUGAGAGCGCUUUGAAAGCUCUUCAGGCUCUCAUCGAUGGUAAGGCCAACACCACUGCACCACCUCCACAGUGGCUGGAGACAAGACUACUGGAGCUGCAGACCCUCAUAACCCACAUAAGCACAGCCAGACAAAUCCCCUAGCUGCCCCAGAUUGUUUUGUAGCCCUGGAUAAUUUACUUUAUGUACAGAACAACUAUUCAAAGCAGUCUGGAGCUGUGAAAGUCUGUAUACAUAUUGCUGUUGUAUAAAACCUUGCUUUUUUAAAAUUGACUGUGGUUAGUCAUGAUUAAUGUUACUGUUUAUUAAACUUGUUUGAACCAA